GUUUCCCAGUUAGCCGCGCGCGGAUUGAGUCAAGUGAACCAACCGAGAGGUGGUGCUGACCGUCCGCUGCAGGUUUUCUCUACGAAACCUGAAUUAUUUCACUUUUGGAAGCGACUGACAAGCAAGGCAAAGACUUUAUCUUUUUUUUAUUUUUAGUCGGGAGGUUUUGCCGGUGACGCCGUAGAAGGAAAGAAAGUAAAACACGGAGUGAAAGCGCCUCACUGCAUCUUUAGGAUCAAAGCUAAUGCUUAGCCACCUCGCCGUUUCUAAAUAAUUACACGAAAACUCGUGUCAGUUGAACCGUCGUUUGCUUUGUCAUAACCGCUGAUAUCACAAAGUACAUGUUCGGGGGCGCAUUUUGAGAGUGCACGACACAUUUGGUAGAAAUAGCAGGGGGGACAUUUUAGGCCACAAGCGACUGGUACUCGCUUAGCAAGAUUAGCUACCCUAGCCGGUACUGCUGAGGUGACACCGGCUCAACUGCUAAAGAUAGUUUACAACCGAAGCUACUUAGCGUCGGACGGUUAGUGUUUAUUAGUUUCGACACUUUUGGUACUGUCCGAACCCCGUGCUUCUUCACUAUGCUGAAACAACAGCAGCCCAACUCCGGCGGGAGAAAAGCGUCAAAUGGUACCACGGGCCCCCCCGGUAUGUCUUCUCCAAUAAGUGGCAGCAGCAGCAGCGGCAACAGGACGCCGGCCGGGAGGAAUCGAAGUACUGCAAAACCAUCAUUCCAGUCUUCUCCCGUUUUUGAGGGUGUGUACAACAAUGCUCGAAUGCUUCAUUUCCUCACAGCUGUUGUGGGUUCCACUUGCGAUAUAAGGGUGAAGAAUGGGAGUAUCUUCGAAGGCAUCUUCAAGACGCUAAGUUCACGGUGCGAGUUGGCCGUUGACGCCGUGCACAAACGGGAGGAGGAGGGCUCGACGUCGGCUCCACCGCGGAGGGAAGACAUCACCGACACCAUGAUCUUCAGCCCUUCCGAUUUGGUUACGAUGAUAUGCAAAGACGUAGACCUCAACUAUGCCACCAGAGAUACUUUCACCGACACGGCCAUCAGCUCCACGCGCGUAAAUGGAGAACACAAAGAAAAGGUGUUGCAAAGAUGGGAGGGAGGCGACAGCAACGGGGAGAGUUAUAAUCUGGAUGCAGAUGCAUCCAAUGGCUGGGAUGCCAACGAGAUGUUCCGCUACAAUGAAGUGAAGUACGGAGUUACGUCAACGUAUGAUUCCAGCCUUUCCAUGUAUACUGUGCCGCUGGAGCGAGGCAACUCGGAAGUGUAUCGACAGCGGGAGGCCCGUGCGACUCGCCUGGCCAGCGAGAUUGAGUCCAGCCCCCAGUACCGCCACCGCGUCGGCCUGGAGAACGACGAGGGCAAAAGUGAGGAGGACAAAUACAGCGCUGUGGUGCGCGACGGCACCGAUCGGGACAGAGGUCACGAGAGCCCUCGCGAGCGCGAAAGGGGUCGAGAUAGCCCCGGGGCCAGGGAGGGCAAGUACAUUCCUUUACCUCAGCGGCAAAGAGAGAUGAACCGGGAUCGAGUUGAGAGAGGCCCCGGCGGUCCCCCGCCUCACACUCGUCUUAGCGGGGGCUACCGCUCCACCCCCACGUCCUCCUCUAACUCAUCUCCCAGACCCCCGGCGGGGGCCCCACAACCCGGUGGCUCGCCAUCGGAGCGAAGCAGUCCCCUGUCAGGCCGAGGUGGGGUUUAUGUUGGCCACCACCCCCAAGGAAGCCCCAGCCCGGGUCCCGGCUCUGGUCCCGGCAGUCCAUACACACCCGCUUCGCCGGGGGCGGCGCCCACCUCCGCAGCCUCUCUCUCUGCCACCCCUUCGCCGACCAGCCCACCUGCCCCCCAUGGACAUGCAGUUCCACAUUCCCACUCCCUACCACACUCCCUGUCAGAUGCUGGUAGACCUGUUAAUGGAGUGGCUGCCAGGACUUCCCCCAAAGCUCAAAGACCUCCACAGUCGAGCAGAACAGUCCGCACUCCAAACGCGCAUUCUCAGUCCACUGCCACUCGCUCGCCAAAAUCAAGCUCUUCCCAGGACACGCCUUAUUUGGACACAUCGUCCAUCUCCUUGUCUGCGCAGAAGGCUUCAGGGCCCGCCCCCCUCUUUCCCGUAAAUGUGAACGAGAUCCUUUGCGCCGCCGCCAAAGAACGCGCCGCCGAGAGCACUGGUGGCACGGAAGAAAGCAAGAGCAACAAAGCCUCUUCAGUUCAACAAAGGUCACAAAUUGAGGAGCUACGGAAGUUUGGCAAGGAAUUUAGGCUCCAGCCAAGCGGAGGCAGCUCCAGCUCUCCUAGUUCCCCUGCAGCAGCGACUCCUCCCGCGGUCGGCGACAUCGCGCAGGCCGGCGCCGCCAAAUUGCCGUUAGACACUCACGCCGCUUCCGAACCCAAGCUGCAGCCCACCACCCCCAGUCCGUCUCAGCCGUCGCCGCUCCCGUCUGACGAAGCCUCCAAGGAAGCCGGCACACCCGGUGCCCCUAACUCGGUUGCAGCGGGAGCCAUUUCGGACAGGCAUUCACCAGCGGUCCCUCAGCCGGCCAGGACCCCGGGAAGUGAGGAGGGCACGUCGGAGCGCACUGAGGGUGUGGCAGACCAAGUGAAGAAAUCCACCUUAAACCCCAACGCUAAAGAAUUCAAUCCAAUCAAACCUCAGAUGCCUAUGACUAAACCCAACGCGGCGCCCACCCCGCCUCGACCCACUCCUCCGAGCCCCGUGGUCAUUCAGCACCCGGGUGGGCAGGGCCCACUCUACAACGCCCCCUACCUGUCCUAUGUGUCGCAAAUCCACUCUGUACAGACCCCGCAAAUGUACCAGUACACCAUGUCUGCGGUCAGCCAGGGAAAGUACCCCAGGACCAAGGGCUCUGUGGUGGCGCCGCGCUCUGACCAUGGCGCCUCAGCUCCCCCGAUGCUGCAAGCGGCAGCAUCAGCCGCCGGCGCCCCCCUUGUUGCGUCCCCUUACCCUCAGUCGUACCUUCAGUACAACCCGCAGCAGUAUGGCCAGCAGCAGGUCAUCCAGGCCAUGUCACCCUACCCUGGACAGCCUAUGUACUCCAUGCUGCAAGGGGGAGCUCGGAUGAUAGGGCAAGGCGGGGGUCCCCACCCGCAAGCCCUUGGCCCUCCUGGAGGCCCACAGUUCCAGACACAGGGGGAUGGGCCACAAGGCCCUCAGCAAGGCAUCUAUGCUCCCCAGUCUUUCUCCCACCACUCGGGAGCAGUACAUCAACCGCAGCCAUCCAGUACCCCGACAGGCAACCAGCCCCCACCCCAGCACGCUGCGCCCAGCCCUGGACAGAGCGCCCAGUCAGGCCCGCAGCCCCAGUCCUUGUACCAUUCAGGUCCACUGUCGGCACCGACCCCACCCAAUAUGCCGCCUGGCCACACCUCUCCGCAGGGCUCAUACCCAAUUCAGGGCUACAGCAUUCACGGUCACCAGGGCAUCCCGCCCACGUACCCCCUGGGACAGUUGGCGCAGGCUCAUGUACAAGGAGCCAUGUCAGGUCCCCACCACUCGGGGAGCCACGGUCAACCCCAGUUAGUGAUGCUGCAGCCUCCCCCACAGCAGGGGCCUGGCUCGGUGCCGCAGCACCCGCAGCACGGACCGCAGCAAGGGACACACCAACACUUCUACAUAGGACAUCCGCAAGCAAUGCAGGUUCAAACACACCCGGGCUCCUUCCAUCCACCUGGAAACUAAACUUCUAUCUCCCCAAACCAAAACGUUGCCGAGAUCGAGCGCCGACAUCCCCGCGGCCCGCCGGACGACGAGCCGACUGAACGUCCAAAUACGAGACUGACAGGAAAGCGCAGCGGGGAAGGACAAAGUCUCAUAGCACCUUCUUGUUUUACUUCUUCCUCUGCUGUUCUUGUUCAUUGGCCCCCGGAAGCGAAGAAGUUUAUUUUUAAUGCAAACAAUGACGAUAGCAAGAUGAUGAGCGUGGCAUCCAACCUCCCUGUUCAAAUCUUGCUCUCCUCUUCAAGUUCUUCCUUUUGUUCCGAGGCAGGAGCCAUCUUGCUCGCUUGGACCAGUCAGAGGACAAAUUGUUUCAUCUUCCAGCAGAGUGGUUUUGGCCUUGUUGGGUGUGUAGGCUUUUGGACCCGCAAACGGAAUGAAUACUUACUGCAUGACGGGAGGCGGCAUUUGAAGAGGAUGGGACUUUUAACAAAUCACUUCUUUCAACUCGCCUCGGUUAAAAAAGAAACAAAUCACCCACUGACCGUUCUUCUCUUCUUUAGGUUAAUAAAAU